CCACAUCCUGGUGCAGUAGCACCUCGUCUAUGCGGCUGGUGUAGAAAGGAACGCUCAUCUCCUUAGCCAGCUCCUCGGCUUCUUCCUGCGUGCGGCCCCACAGCGCCUUCACCGCGAAGCCCUCAUCUUUCAGCAGCGGGAUGAUGACUCGGGCCGUGAGGCUGGUGCCGAACACGCCCACCCCGGGAAGCAUGGCUGCUCAGGUCCGCCCGGUUCUGCUGCUGCCGGGAUCUCCAGUCGAACACCAGAACGCAAGCCUCUCCGGCUGGUCCAGCAGUUCCCGGCUCCUGCGACCGACCUCGCUGCGCUGCGCUAGCCGCCGAGCCCCGGGCAAGGAGCCCGAGUGCGGCGGCGUGACAGCGCACGGAACCACAGACCGUGCAGGCUCUGGGAGCCUCAGCGCUGUGACUGCUGCAGUCCCCACCACUCGGGGCUCCUGUCCUUCCCGGAGACAGCAGCAGGGACUCCGCCAGGAUGCACGAGGCCCCGAAGCCCCGUGGAGCCCGGGCUCAGGCAGCGCUCCCGCGGCAGCGCCGGCCGGCUCCGUGCGCCCCGCCGAGGCCGCCCCAUGGCCGGCUCAUCCCGGCAGAAUUUCUCUCCCGGAUGGCGCUCCCGCUUCACCACCCUCUGUGGGCUGCGGAUCUCCUUUUUCCCCCGGUCCUUGGUAACGAAUGGAACCCAGAGGCCACCCAGAGGCCGACUAAGGAUGAGGUUCGUAGCGUACCAGACGUCGAACGCCAGCAGCAGCACCGCAGCGGCGGACACCACCCGGCGCCAGGCUCCUCAUUCUGCUGCCAUAUUCGCUCGCUCUCAGCGCGCCUUGGGCGGCCUUGGCCCCGCUCGGGCUCGGGCUCCGGCUCCGGGAUCCCGCGGGUACGAGGGCGGAGUUGGCGACUUUGACUGUCAGCGGCCGGGGUUCCUGCACCGCCCUUGCGGUAGCGCCGCGCUCCAUUGGCCGCCAAGCGUCGCCCCCGCCCUUGUCUCCGCCGCCCAAGGCUCUCGUUGCGCUCAGCGCCCGGCCCCUGGAACCCGCUUUGACUCCUCCCCGGCCCCGCCUGGCCCGCCUGCUGCCCCCGGGUGGCUUCCCUUUCUCUGCGCUCUCCGCCUCCGCAGCAGCCUCCUCCUCGAUGUGCUCCAAGCUCCGCCCAAGCAAGCAAAUAAAUCUAUCAAAGCAGGGCGCGCCCUUAAUAGGCUAGGACUGGGUUCCUUGGAAAAGAUUGGUGGAUGCUAAGACCCCGGGGAGGCUGGAGGACCCCAUGAAGUAUGAGCAGCGUGGUUCAGUCUCCUCUUCGGGGUAUUUUUUCUGUGCUCGCCACUGCUCUAGGGAAGCUGUCCAGGCACUUAACCCUGAGGUUAUUGGAAACUCGUUUUAUUGAUGAGAAAGUAAGCUCUGAGGAGGUUAAGGGACUUGCUCAAGGUGACACACAUUAACAACAGUGUCAGGAUCAGAAGGCAGACACCAGCAUCUCGGCGCUGAACCCCUAGAGUUCUGACUUGCAAGUGUGCCAGCUCUAAUCCCAAACCAACUCCACUCCUGAGGAGGCUCCACUGGUCACCUACUCCAUGCUUGUGCCCAAGUGGCAUGGGCGACCUCACCCAGACUGGGGACUCCGCAGUGGCUGUGGCACGUGUGUCUAGAGUCUGGUCUUCCUUGUUUGCUUCUGGCUGCCUGCCACUCCUGGCCACUGCCCUCUGUCAGCUUCAGUUCCCAGGCACAGCGCUUCUCCUGGACUUUACUACAUCGGCAGUCAGGAGGAUGCUGGGGACCCUCAGACAGAAAUGCGUGGAAAGCCCUAACUGCGGUGGUGACUGAGUGAGCUUCUGAUAUCUCAAGAUAUCCUCAAGACUUAUCACAGGGCCUAACGAGAUAGUAGGCACUCGAGUAAAUACACAAAUGGAUGGAUAUUCACCACCAGUCAUGUUGUGCCCUCUUCGUGCUAGGAGGAAGUCAAUGCCAAAGUCAAAGCUCAGUGUUUCUGGAAAGGUGAGAUUACUACUGUCUGUCAUGUUCACCCCUGGCCUUUAGCAUUCAGAGGAAGGGACACGUGUCCUGCUUCAACAUAAGCGUGGAAAACAUGAUACAGCAAGUGUUUAAAGCAACUUGUAACAACUUGUGGAGAGGCGGGGCUCUUGGAGAGAGCUGUAAACACACACACACACACACACACACACACACACACACGGCUGGUGUGGCAAUGGGAGGAGGCAAAGUUGACCUCAGGACGACAUUAUUAAAAGAACAAAGUGCUCCGGGAUUGGCAACAGCCUGAACAGGGUCAAAGAGCAGACAAGAUAUGCCUGCUGAUGGUUAGCUGACAAGUGCCAAAGGAAAAGCAGGUGUGUGACCAUCGCUGCCAGGGUGCUGCCUUGGAGCAGAGGGAGAGCCAUGGUAUGCCGCCCCUGGACAGGUGCAAGGUGGGUGACUCCUGGCUUGCAGAGUCAGAAGCCGGAUCUGACUCUUGGCUCUGCCAUUUUACACCCUGUGGGACCCGGGACAAAUGUCUUCUCUGUGUCCGUCUGUAAAGGGAGACGAUAGCUAACACUAGAGAGGCCCAUGUGAUUUGACAGGCAUGACGUCCUGAGAAGGAUGCUCCCUAGAAAUGUUCUAUGUGAUAUAUAUGCCCUCUAUUUUGAUAUUUAUUUUUAUUACAUACAUUCUAUUUGAAAGUAAAUGUUAGGCCGUGUAUA